GCUUCCGGGCUCUCAUCAUGGGGGACUGAGGAGCAGCGCCGGUCGCCCGCGUCCUCCCCGUCCGGCCCUCGCCGCCAGCCCCCGACCCCGUGGCGGCUCCCCUCGGCUCAGUCUCUGCGAAGCGGCGCCAGCCUCCCUGGGGAGCGGCCGGGGCAGGCGCCGGGUUCAUGUUCCGGGUCGCCGAGCCCAACCCGACCCGAGCUCCGGCAGCGAGGAAGAGCUGGCAUUUCAGUAGGACUAUGGAGGAGCUGGUUCAUGAUUUAGUCUCAGCACUGGAAGAAAGUUCAGAGCAAGCCAGAGGAGGUUUUGCUGAUACUGGAGAUCAUUCUCGAAGUGUCUCUUGUCUUCUGAAGCGGCAGGCAAGAAAAAGGAGGGGACGAAAAAGGCGUUCGUUUACCACCCAUCAUCCCUGGGAGACUGGUCACUGUUUAAGUGAAGGUUCAGAUUCCAGUUUAGAAGAAUCAAGCAAAGAUUACAGGGAGAAUCAUACUAACAAGAAAGACCACAGUGACUCUGAUGACCAGUUGUUGAUUGCUAAACGCAGGCCUUCCUCAAACUUAAAUAACAUUAGAGGCAAAAGACCUCUAUGGCAUGAGCCAGAUCUGGCUGUGGACAAUUUAGGAAACAGAACUUUGCGCAGGAGAAGAAAAGUGAAACGGAUGGCAAUUGAUCUGCCAUCAGAAGUUUCUAAUGCACUGACAAUAACUCAACAGCAGGAUAACAGAGAUCAAGAAAUGGACAAUGACAAUAAAUCACACCAACAUCAGGAGUUUUCGAAGAGCAAAGUGAAAAAGAGAAAAGUAGCUGCAGUUCGACAAGGACCGGAAAUCUUGGAUGAAGGAGUAGUAAUAGAAAAUGAAGAAAUGAACCAAGCAAAUAAGGACAAAAUGGAGUAUGAGGAGCAAAAGGGCUCAGAUGAGAACAUGAGUGACAGUGAAUCCAGCAGUCUGAGCAGCAGUGAUGCUGGUUUGUUUACCAAUGAUGAGGGAAGACAAGGUGAUGAUGAGCAGAGUGAUUGGUUUCAUGAAAAUGAAUCUGGUGGAGCAUGUGGAAUAACAGGAAUCAUUCCUUGGUGGGAACAAGAAGACUCUACAGAACUGGACAGAGAAUUGCCCGACCCAGUCUUUGAAAGUAUCUUAACUGGUACUUUCCCCCUCAUGUCCCAUUCAGGGAGGAGAGGUUUCCAGAGCAGGUUUAGUCAUCUUCAUGGAAUGCCAGCAAGAAACACAAAAAAGGCUCCAGGAAACCAAAAUGCAUUGAUAACUCCAGGACCAGGUGGUAGCAGAAAGACAAUUCACCUGUCCCAGGAUUCUCUUCACCAUGACCAUUGGUUUAGCCCUGGGGCUAGGAAGGAACAUAGCCAGCUCUUGCGAGACAACCGGUCGGACAGAGGACACAAGAAGAACAGCUCUGUAAAAACAGCUAGCAGAUGUGACAAAUAGAAUUACAACUGCUCUUUAUUUGAUCUUCUGAAGAAAUAAAGAUGCAAGUGCAAGUAUUCUGUCUGCUCCCUUUUUCCCACCAUGUCAUCUGUUGUUUGGGAAAGAGUCCUAAUUUGCAGCAGAUACAAAACUAUUUGUCAUCUUGCAGGUUUGCCAGAAAUAAAUGAAACCAUUAAUUACUACAUUUUUUGAGCAGCUGUUAAUAGAUUGGGAUAAGAAAACUGUACAUUAGACUACUGGUUAAUUACAAGUACUGUAAUUGUUUAAUGUGGCUUUUGUGGAAUGAAAUUACAAUAUACCAGAGGAGGUAAAUUCAGCCAGUUUUUUGAAAAUUAUACAAGAAAAUGUGCAUACAGAUGCAUUGCAGUAAAACUAAGGAUCGCAUAACUGGUUUACUGCCUGGUUCAUUUUUGCCAUCACAUAAAGAAAUGCUCCUAACAAUAAUAUUUUAAAAGGUAAUGUUUAAACAUUUUAGUUUAAGUGUACAACUAUUAAAGGUAAUAAGUUAAUACAUUAUAACCCCAGAGCUAAUCAAUCAUGCAGGAGAUUCAGAUAAAAUAUUAAAAUCCAAAUGUGUUUACAUCAUUAGAAAUUAACAACUAAGCAGUUUUAUCUCGUCUUUGGAGUGCCAUGAAGCACUAACUCUACACUUAUGAUUGGUGCUUAAUAAUAUUUGCAGUUCCAGAUUAAAUUAUGUGAAUGUUUGAGGACACAUUGCUUUCUUCCCUUUUCAUCACCCUCAGGGACAAUGUUAUUUCAUCAGUUUGCAAUUUUUCCUCUUUGAGAAGAGAUGGUGCCAUUUUGAAAGAGGGCAAUUCCUGAUCUAGUUUUCUAUACAAUGACCUUAUUUUUAAGGUCAUAAGAAGACUUGUGUAUGCGGAAAGAGGGUAGUGCAGUUUGGUUGUUAUUUCUAAGGAUAGCUAGCAUGUUCUGCUUUGGAAAAAAAAAAUAUAUAUUAUUUAAGAUUCCAUAUUAAUUCUUGGAUAGAUUAAAGUAUCCAUUGACAAAAUUAAUUGUAGUCACUAUCUUUAAAGAGUAAUAUCGUUUUUAACUCAACUCCUCCAACUUUCUUUUGAAAAAUACAUUCUUUCAUUGUAUCUGCAAUGUAAAGCUAAAUUUUAACUAAAAAACCACAAACAGAAUUUCAUUAUUGUACUAAAAGCUAAUAUAGUUAACGAUAUUGUACAUAAAUAAGCUACUAAAUAAUGGUGGGGAAAAAAAAAAAAAAACUUUAAAAUUCCAGCAAUACAUGAGUGUACUGUCAAGUUAAUAAUAAGUUAAUUAGUCCUUAUUUUUAAAAAAUAUAUAAAUAAACAGGAUGACAGAGAACCUCCAGAACUGGUGUACUUCUGGAUCUUCCUCAUAUAUGCAGUCUAGAUUGAAUCUUAUCCUGUAUGAAUUGACAGCAAGUUACUCGGUUUCAUAUAACUGAAUUUCAGCAUGAUAUGCUUGUUUCUCGCACCUGUUUUUAGCUGUGCUUUUUUUGUAGUUGCCAGAUUGAAGCUUACUCCAGUUUGUGAUCCAGAACUUGAGCUGGAGUUCCCUUAAUUUUUUUAGUCUGUUGUUAAACAACAUUGCAAUCACAACAGGCCUUUUUGCUUUCUGUUUUUUCAGCACUUGUUUGUCCCAGCAUGAGUUUUUGUGUAGUCAUAAAAUUACGUGUACUGGGGACGUGAUUUGUACUAGGGUGAUCUAAAAAUUCAGAUCCUCUCUGUCUUUACACCAUACAGGGACAUGAAAGCUGUUCUCCUUGAACAUAAGGAUGAAUAGUUACGUAUGGAGGAAAGGUGGGAUUACAUUUUUCUGUUCUUUUAGAAAAUUUGAGUAGCUUGUUUUAUAUUAUGUAGAAUUUUCUUUAUUUUCUUUGAUGUUUCAAAAUUAUGGUCAUUUAUUGUAACAACACAUUUCAGCCUAUGUGGAAAAAUGUUAUUCAAGAACUGUCCUAGCCAAAAGAAAGGACAGUAAUCAGUGUACUGGUUUUAGAUUUGGGACUUUGUGUUGUCAAGGCUUUUUGAAGUGUUAGUAUCAUCAGUUAAUAGAGAAGAGAGGACAUCAGUCAGUGCCUUUUUAGCUGCUGCUUAUCUGCACUUCUUUGAUAUCGGAAAUUCAAAUUUUGCAUUAACUCCUACACGUGCAGAUACCUUGUACUACUUAGUGAGGUUUCAUAACAGCAUAAUGUUCAGUCUCGGCUUUGGUGAAUUUUUUCCCUCUCUCUUUCUUCAUACAUGUGGUUGUAUCUAAUUUUCUUGGAACAUUAUUAUUAUUUGAAUUAUAGCUAUCUUGACCAGAAAAUGAGGUUGUUUCAAGAAUUGUUCAUCAAGCACACUGUUAAAAAUGUGGAAGUGAAAUGUGGAUGUGGCUGUGCUUUCUCAUUUUCUCAUAAUAGAGUAGGGAACCAAUAUCAAAGUUCACCAACCUUAUCAAAGUCCAACCUUAUAAGCAUUUCUCUUGUUCCGUUAUUAAACUAUGUUAGAUAUUUGUGAUAUAUAUUUUUGUGCUGUUGCUUCUUGUUUUCAGCCUGCACAGAAAGAAAAUUUUCGAAGUGGGACUAAUUUUUGCAAUGAUUUUAACCUGUCCCAACAUGAGUAUAAUCUAAAAGUAUCUAAGUGUGAGUAUAACCCAGUACUGAACUUGCAAGGCUUUUCAACAAGUUGCAUUUGUCCUGUACUGACUCUAUUUAGUGAAUGUCAUGCUUAGUAAACAAAUAUGUAUUCACAAAUAUCUGUAAUGAACAGUGUGGCUGACUAAGCUAUCCAGCCCAGUGGAAAUAGCUGCUCAAGGCCAUGGUUAUUGCUCAAGUCAAAAAGAUGCUUUUGAAAUCAUUUCAGACUAGAUGAGGACCCAUAUAUUGUGGGUAUUAAUGAUGUUGUCAAAAGAUGAAAAAGGAACAAAAGAAUGUUUGUUUGUUUUAGAAUUUGUAAAACAACAUUAUCCUAUAGGAGAAUGGUAUUAUUCAUGGAACCUCUUUUCUGUCUAUGUUACAUAAUCACACAAAGAUGAGCAUUACCUAUUUUUAUCAGGUGUUUUGUGAUUAAAAAAUCAUAAUGGGAAAUAUGUAUUUGAAAAUAUUUUGAAAUAUUCUGCUACAAAUACUUAUUUUUAAAAACAUGAAAUCAUGUCAUCUGUGAAAAUAAGCUGUAGUUUUAGCAAUUUAAUUUUUAACAGAAGUAGAUUUUUUAGUUCUGUUCCAUCACUGUUCCUUGGUGACUUGUUUGUACACUAAGAUAUUGGUUUAGAUUUGCCUUUGUGUAAUUCAUAUACUUUUGAUCAAUUCCAACUCAUGCCCAAUUAUAUUACACUAAAUUAACAUAAUUCAACAGAUGUUGAUAUUUAAAUGUUUUCUGGCAUUCACAUCUUGGACAGCUGUCUUAGAGCUUGGGGAAAAGACAAACAUUUAGAGUUAAAUGCUGAACAUAUGCUUAAAUUACUAAUUAGAAACAAGAAAAAACAAUGCAUUAUCCUUUCUGAGGGCAGUAGGCCUCUAAUACAGAAAAAAAUUUAGAGACUCUUGAUUUGCAAAUGUAGUAUGAGUGACUUGAGUUUAGAUGUCUCUGUAGCAGCACAAAAUUUUAUUUUUCAUAGUAUUUGUUUUACCUGUAUAGACUUUCAGACCUUGCACUAUUUCUAUUUUUGAAUGACCCUUAGAAAUGCUGAACAGGUAACACAGAGGAAGGUAUUAGGAUACAGUAUUUGGAUGAGAUAAGCUGACGUGGGUAGGAGGAAAACUGUAUUUUUCUUAUUAAUGAUAGUAUUUUCAUAGGACUUUCAAUAAAACAGGUAUGUCAUCCUUAUGUUGAAAAUUAUGUUGUGAACAGAUUGGCUUCGUAUGAAAGGAGUUAGACAUGCACUGUUUUAUCACAGCUGUUUAAAAUUUUGUGAAAGGACAAAGUGCAUAGCUUUUGUGGUUAAUACAAUAUUUUUUCACACUUGUGGAAGCAGAUGCUGCAGUCUGUUGUAUGGAUGAUGUCAUUCUUUAAACAAGUUUAAAGAAAAGCUUCAAUGUUUGCAAAGGAAGUAGAGGAAUCAAAUGUGGAACUGAUUUCAUGUGAAUGGUGUCUGAGAAAAAUGAUACCAAGAAGAAAUCUAUAUUCAUUUUCAAAACCAUUAAAAAACAUGUUUAUGCUACAUAUGAAUUAUAUUUCCUUAUUAUUUUGUCAGUUCUUUAGCACUGAAUGAAGAGUUACUGUAAAAACUUUUAGCAUAUUUUGUAGACAACGUUAAUUAGCAGCAGUCUUCAUUUAGCACUCAUAGCUAAGAAGGAAAUCCAUUUAAUACUGUCAACGCUGUAUUGUUCAGAAGGUAUGGAGGGGAGCAGUAUUCUUUCUACAAUCUCCAGAAUGUUAACUUGAGGGAACAUGUAUAAAUUUGUGAAUGAUUUCACCUAUUAAAAAGAAAAUCAGGCAUACUAGAGAUUUUUAAGUUUUUAAUUUCCAGGAGUCAGUCUCGUAGCGCUAAAUAUUGUCAGUUUCUAUAAAGUCCAUGAAAUCCUUUUAAUUUACUGAGUAUGAUAGGAAUAGUGAUAGACCCUCAUGUCUACUCUGAGUAUAUGAUCGCAGCAUCGCGUUAUUGAAGGGUUUUGGUUUUUUUCUGCAUGGAAAAUUUAAGUGAAGAAUUGCUCACCAACAGUGCAGCUAUCACAGUAGCUUUGGUAGACAGUGGGAGCUGCUCUAAUGCUUAAUACAAUGCUCAGACUGUCACUAGGCACACACACACGAUGUUUCUGUGAAAAAAUAACAAAAUAGGUUGUAGACAUUGAUUUGACUUGAAGUAAGGUAAAUUUGCACUGAGUGACAUUUAUCUCAACUUCUCUUUCCAAGGUGUUACUGGAUUGUUUUUGCAAGAUUACUGUAUUACAUUAUACUGAGAUCUGGGGUCUUGAUCUUCAUUGUUAAAUCCAUUAUUCUGUUCAUUCUUAUUUGGUGUCAUGCAGUCCACACACCAAGAUGACCUCAGAGUAGUGUCUUGCUCAUCUGCUUGAGCUGCACAUGUGUUGUGCAUAUUUAGAGAGUGAGAGAGUGUAGAAACCUUCUUGAGAAUGGGCAGAAAGCCAUCCAUGUGUGUAAUUGUUUAUAGAUGUUACCACAGGUUUACAGUUCUCUGGCCAUUUGCAUGGAAACCAGAGGCUGUGCCCACAUUUGGACACUCAGUCAAAAGAAACUGUAGAAGUUCGUGUUCAUCAUAAUGUAAUUGGAAGUUUAGUAAGACGUACAUUGUAGUUUUUCAUUCUAUUUAAAGUGAUCAUAAACUGUUCUGUGGACUCAGAUGGUCUUGAAGCCAUUGCUAGUCACUUGUGGAGAGUUAGAGGGGUACAGUAGGAGUUAAAAAUGCAUACAGGCUUUCUAUUUAAGCAGUGCUAAUGAAUGUGCUUCCGUUGGCUACUGCAUACAACACUGCAUUUUGUGCCAUGUAAUAAAUAAGAAUCUUAAGUGCAGGUCCAGUAUGUGUAUGAAUUUGAGAACUUUUUCUGCAGUAUUGUCAUCAUCACUCAGAUUAUGCUUUGAUUUUAUGAAGUUGAGUUACACAAUGCACUUCAUUUUAUUGACUUUCUUCUGUUAUGCAAUUUUGAAUUCUAUUGCUUUUUUUAAUCUUUAUGAUAAUGUGAAUGUUAUUUCACAAACCAUCUACUUAAUUUCAGCUUGUAAGGAAUUGUCAAAGCAUUUGAAGCGUAAUGUGAAUCAUGGUCCUCACUACAUUCUGUCUUCAAUUAUAUCUAUAUUCAUAUCUAUUGCUUAUCUAUAUUUUAAGACUGAGAAAUGGCAAUUACAUUUCCACUUGAAAAUAAUUCUUUCAAGUCUUUUCUAGACUGCAAACCCGUCAACUCUUGCUUUAUUUUAAUCUCUUCUUAAAGAAUUUUGCUUAUAAACUUUUGUCAAGCUUCUACAGUAGCUAAGGCAUUCUGAUGAUAAAAUUGAAGAGUUCUACAGCCAUCUGCAGGAAUUCAUUGAUACUGUGGCAGAAUGAUGUGGCACUGUUUACAGUGGAUUUGUUCCUCAGGUGAGAGAGAGACAUUGGUUAGAAUGUAAUGGAUAUACGAGUAUUGAUCAUUACAGGUUCACCUAAUUACAGUACAGAAAUCAGGCUUCUUCAAAACAUUAUUCUGUUGUAAUAGCCUCCAGCAUAGGAUUUUCCAAAUCAAGAAUAUAGAUGUUAAAAAUAUGUUAUUAAAUAAGAAAUGCACACUCUCCCACAUCUGACUUUGUUGGUCAUCAGUACUUUUAUGCAUUUUUAACAUGG